CCGAUAUUCUGCAUUUUCUUUCGUGCCUCCUAUACUACGCCGUAUAUCUUGGUCGGUCUCUCUUGUUUCUUCGACGACCAGCCUCCUUCGUCUCUUUCGCGAGGCUGCGCGGGCAUUCCCCGAUACCACUUUGUCCAUACCCCUCCCAGAUCAUCCCCAUACCCUCCCUGUUUUCCUAUCUCCCGCCCCUCACGCACACUCUGUAUUUUUCAGUGAAUCUACCCAACCACAAGGACAAUGGAAAUCUACACCACAUCGUUUACUUAUCCCCGCCGAGUGCGACCCGCUCAUUCCCCCGCUUCGUCUUUCGACUUCCCCACCGCCCAAGAGCUCAGACGCGCCGAGUCGUACCCGCAUCUUCCACAAUACGCCAACAAUCAUAAUCUUUCCGAUCCUCAAGGGACUGUGUCCCCUUCCGACUAUGACGCUGUUCAGAAGCUCUCGCUCAUGACCAUGGGGCUCCAUGGCGUCCACGUUUCCUUUUCUGCCGUUGACCAAGGCAGGGCCUGGAACUUCCAGAUUUCUGGCCCUUACCAGCAAGUCAUGCUUGCCAGAGGCCUCAUUCUCAAAGAAUGCCCAGUUCAAAAUCGUGCAACCAUCAAAGUGGCGCGCUCGGAGAUCCUCGACUCCCCCUCGUCCAAGCCAAGUUUGAAGCCUGAAGUCCGAAAACGCCUGGAUGAUAUCGCAUCUCACACGUUGGCGCAUAUCGCAGUGGUGAACAGUCCCUUGGCGCUGUCGACGCGUACAUUGCCCGAUGGCAUCAGUAAUAGUGCCGGAUGGUCUGGACUUGAGACGGAGCGUGUAUGCGAGCUGGUGAUCACGGGCACAGGAGAUUCUGUAGAUCUUGCCCGCGUUCGGUUGUUGGUUAUGUUGGAUGAACUGAGCGGUCUCCAUGCCGAAGCUUGUGAGAUCGAUCGCACCCUGCAUGCUGUGGUUGCGGGCAGGAAACGUGCCGUUUUGCAGUCUAUUCAGGAGGAGACGGCGACGAACAUCUACUUCCCGUCUCCUCUUCAGGGCGUGAUUGGCCCGGACUACAGCCAGACUCCUGUCAACGCAUCUCCCUCAGCGCAGCUGAGCAAGCUGAAUGCAAACACACUCUGGAUAACUGGGGAGUUCUUUGGUGUCCAGCGUGCGCGCGACAUGCUGUUUCAGGUGUCAAUGAACAAGAGUAAACAGAUCCUGUCUAGGGACAGCGCACUCCUACCUCGCAAGAUGGACUGGAUGGUCACUGAACGUGCGGAUGAUCUGAAGGCGCUCAUGCACGACAACGCCACAUUCAUCCAAUUCCCUCCCGUUGGCAGUUCUACAAGCCUGCUCACCGUGUACGGGGAUCACAGGGUGAAUAUUCAAAGAACAAUCCGUUCGAUCAUGCAGCUGGCUUGCCAAUUCUACGUUGCCUCGUUGUGGCUUCUUCCCGCUCAGUUCAACGUCUUGAUGCCCUCUGCCAGCUUGAACCCUACUCAAGUGACGGCGAUUUUGAAGCAGAUAUCGUUCGCUUCGGGUGCAGAGGUGGUCUUCAAGGGUAUGUGUUUCGAGAUGCACGGCCUUGAGCAUGAGGUUCGUGCCGCGAUCUCGAUGUUGUUGGACCUCGAAAUCGUAAAGCAAUUCCAUCAUGAGAUCCGCUUCCAGAUCGAGCUUGCGAAUGAGCAUAGGGAGUUCAUCAGCGGUAAGAAGAAUGGCAAGAUCAACAAAAUCAUGCAGACCACCAACGUCAAGAUCAAGUUCGAGACGUUCAAUGAGCACAACUUCCUCAUCGACAUUUCUGGAAACGACCUGUCUGUCUUGCAAGGUCUAACACUCCUCCAGGAAGAGCUGCCUGCGGAGAUUUCGUUCCACGUGCCCGAAUCCUAUCACAAGCGAAUCAUUGGUGUGGGUGGUCGUAGCAUUCAGCGCAUCAUGAAGAAGUACGGUGUAUACGUUAAGUUCUCGAACGCGGAGGAGUUUGCGGCCAUGGGUGGUUACAAUGACAAUGAGGACAAUGUCAUUGCGAGGACCCCGGCGAAGAACGCGAUGAACCUGGAGAACCUGAAGCAGUCUGUGAUGGAGCUCGUCAACCCGAAGGACAAGGACUACAUGAACGAGACGGUCUCUAUCCCAAGAAAGUAUCACCGCAUCCUCCUCGGCGAGAAGAGUAUCUUCAUUCAUGACAUUGAGGCAAAGACGAACUCGUCCGUGCGCUUCCCAGACAAGGAGACUGCGUCGGACCUGGUUACCAUUUUUGGGCCCGAGUCUCAAGUGCAUAUUGCCGCGACAAUGCUGCUGGACCAUGUACCUUUCGAAGCCGACAUGGCUGUACCGCCCCAUCCCGAGUUACCUCGCAUUUGCGCAUCUUCUGACUUUGUAGCGUUCACCGAGCGCGUCAAGCGUGACUCUCAAGUGAUCAUCUCUCCCAAUAUCAAGCUACCGUCUCCUGGGCUCUCUACUGAUAUAUCGUCCGAAUGUUCGUUCAAGUUCCGGUGCCAACGUAGCAACAGUGACUUCUUAGUGACCGCCCGCGAGAUGCUCGAGCAGUUCUUGAUUAGCCACAACGCGCAUGUCUAUCCCUCUGCAACAUCUAGGACACAUCAACGGACAGACUCGUUCACGGAUGCCUUUCCUCACUUCGAUAGCAAGGUUCUAUCCACGGCGAGAACCCGUCAUCAAAACUCGGCUGAUCUUGGACGCCCUUCCGAGGCUAUGAUUGAUAGGCGGCUACGACUCGCAAGCUCGUCACCGGAUGUAAAGGCGCUCUUCAACAACUCCCCAGCGCCAGCAUAUAUUUACCACCUGGAGGAGGAGGAGGACUUCGAGUCGCAGCCCAACUAUGUGCCGGGACCGUCCACCGACUACUGGACGCCAUUGCCUCCGAUUGGUUCAGGUGUUCCAGCACGGACGAGACACGGCGAGGACGCGAUCAAGCGAGGCUCCGAUCCGUUGCUAGAGUCCAAGCUCAGGGACCAAUUAACAAAGCCGCGCUCACUGACCAAUCGUGCUCAAUCCCUCGACCUCACGUAUUCGCUGACACGCAUCAGCGAGGUGCCCCGCUCUUCGGGUUUCUCCCGCCCGGACUCGCCCGAGACUGCGACCGGAGCUGGCACGGGAACAGGCGGGAGCUCCAGUCCGAUCUCUGCGACAGCCCCGUCUUUUCCGAGCGUGUACGGUCCGCCAGCCGCUGCUCGCGGUGGUGCCGCGGCCAGUUCUCCGAUGAUUCGCGCCGGGCUCGUCAUGGACCAAGAAAGCGUGGAGGAAGUUACAAGAGUGAUCUCAAAUAUUCACCUUUAAAUUCUUUUGAAUGGUCAUUGAAUCGUCGGUAACGGGACUGGCGCCUCGUCACCCGAAUCAAUCCGUCAUGCUUCAAUCUCACCCACUCGAAUUUCAUGAGACGAUCCAACCCGCCUAACAGUAAAAAGGCGGAGGUUCCAACAAGGACGGACUAGUCCGCUUGUCCUAUUUUCUAUUUGCUUCGUUCGCCUCUGUGCCUAUGCGCGUCAUUGCUCGUCCUCACGCACCUCAUCGCAUCACAUCCUGUCUACCUGCCUUGUCCGUCUCACGCUCAAUCAUACGCUACAUAUCUAUGGCAUUCUAGAGUUGUGUUCCUAACAUCUAUCUCGCUGAAUCUUUGUCGUAUUCGCUCGUCUAGUAUUUGCUUAGUGGCGCUGUCCUCAAUCGCGACGAUACAUGUAACAUACGAUGGCGUCCAAACUACGGUGGUUGGCUGGUCUUCCGUUAAAUAUUCAUAUCUUUAUCAUCACCC